GUGGUUUUAAUUGGCUAAAAGAGUAAAAUAUGGCCCCAAAAGUUCUAUUUCUAACAGAUCCCAACGUCUACAACGUGACCUACGACCUCUGAAGCGUCCAUCCACUUUCUAACCCCGCCCCUCUGCAGACACUGAACGGGAGGUCCAUUCAAACACAUCAAACUCCGCGCCCCGGGAUGCGACAGUCGCUGUAGCUGUAUAGAAGAAGGCGGCAGCAGCAGAACAGAAACCUGAGGCAGAACCUUGUGCAGAACCAAAACCAGAACUGAGAAAGCCCGAGCAGCAGGAGGCUGAGGCGGCCACAGAGUCAAUCAGACACCGCAGCACAGAGCGUAGUCUGUUAGCAGGAGGCUAACGGCAGACACCGAGCAUGGCGAGCGCUUCAUACCACAUCUCCAACCUUCUGGAGAAAAUGACCUCCAGUGACAAGGACUUCAGGUUUAUGGCCACAAAUGACCUGAUGACAGAGCUACAAAAAGACUCAAUUAAACUGGAUGACGACAGCGAGAGGAAGGUGGUGAGGAUGAUUCUUAAACUGCUUGAAGACAAAAAUGGAGAGGUUCAGAAUCUGGCCGUCAAAUGCCUGGGGCCACUGGUCAGUAAAGUGAAGGAGUAUCAGGUGGAGACAAUCGUAGACACCCUCUGCACCAACAUGCUGUCUGACAAAGAACAACUCAGAGACAUCUCAUCCAUUGGCCUCAAAACAGUGAUUGGAGAAUUGCCGCCUGCCUCGAGUGGCUCUGCUUUGGCCGCCAGUGUCUGUAAGAAGAUAACGGGUCGCCUGACGAGCGCUAUUGCUAAACAAGAAGACGUUUCCGUCCAGCUGGAGGCGCUAGACAUCAUGGCUGACAUGCUCUGCAGACAGGGGGGGCUGUUGGUGAAUUUCCAUCCCUCCAUUCUCAGUUGUCUGCUUCCUCAGCUAACUUCACCCAGACUGGCUGUCAGAAAGAGGACCAUCAUGGCUCUGGGUCACCUGGUCAUGUCCUGCGGAAACUUGGUCUUCAUUGACCUCAUCGAACACCUUCUGACCGAGCUGGGCAGGAACGACAACAUGUCCACCACCAGGACCUACAUUCAGUGCACGGCAGCCAUCAGCCGACAGGCCGGACAUCGAAUCGGCGAGUAUCUGGAGAAAAUCAUUCCACUGGUGGUGAAGUUCUGUAUAGUUCGUGGUUUUUGAUUGUGUUGUCAUUGCAGAUGCCCAAAAGAAGUUUAUCCCCACGUUCCUACCGUCAUCUCCAUCUGUCUCCGUUACUUGACCUACGACCCCAACUACAACUUUGAUGAUGAGGACGAGGACGACAACGCCAUGGACGCCGAGCAAAAUGAUGAGGAUUAUCAAGGCAGUGAUGACGAGUACAGUGACGACGAUGACAUGAGCUGGAAAGUUCGACGAGCUGCAGCGAAGUGUUUGGACGCAGUCGUCUCCACUCGCCACGAGAUGCUGCCCGAGUUUUACCGCUCGGUGUCUCCAGCACUUGUCUGUCGCUUCAAGGAGAGGGAGGAAAACGUGAAGGCGGAUGUUUUCCACGCUUAUCUGUCGCUGCUAAAACAGACCAGACCUGCUCAGAGCUGGUUAGCUGAUCCGGAUGCUAUGGAGCAGGGAGACACGCCGCUCACCAUGCUGCAGAGUCAGAUUCCGAUCAUAGUCAAAGCUCUUCACAAGCAGCUGAAGGAGAAGAGCGUGAAAACCCGUCAGUGCUGCUUCAACAUGCUGACGGAGCUGGUGAAUGUCCUGCCUGGAGCUCUGACACAGCACAUCCCAAUAUUAAUACCUGGAAUCAUUUUCUCUCUGAAUGACAAGUCCAGCAGCUCUAACCUGAAGAUUGAUGCCUUGGCGUGCCUCCACGUCAUCAUGGUCACACACCCUGCUCAUGCCUUCCACGUCCACGUUCCCGCUCUCGUCCCGUCCGUAGUGGCGUGUGUGGGAGAUCCGUUUUAUAAGAUCACCUCUGAGGCUCUGCUGGUCACUCAGCAGUUAGUCAAGGUGAUCCGACCCCUGGACGGUAGCUCUGAAGGUCCAGACACCUUUGACCCCUCCCCCUACAUAAACGACCUCUUCACAUGCACCAUCAAACGACUGAAAGCCGCCGACAUCGAUCAGGAGGUGAAAGAACGGGCCAUCUCCUGCAUGGGUCAAAUCAUCUGUAACCUCGGCGACCGCCUCCCCGCGGAACUCCCCGGAACGCUGCUGAUCUUCUUGGAACGUCUUAAGAACGAGAUCACGAGACUGACAACGGUGAAGGCUCUGACGCUCAUCGCGGGCUCUCCGCUGAAGAUCGACCUGCGGCCAGUGCUCCCCGACGCUGUUCCCAUCCUUGCUUCUUUCCUCCGCAAGAACCAGCGAGCACUGAAGCUGUGUACACUUGCUGCUCUAGACAUCCUGCUGCGGAACUACAGCUCCGCUGUGACUCCCGUCAUGGUCGACGCCGUCCUCGCCGAGCUCCCGCCCCUCAUCUCAGAGAGCGACAUGCACGUAUCCCAAAUGGCGCUGAGCUUCUUGUCCACGCUGGCCGUGACGCACCAGUCCUCCCUGGGUCAUCUGAGCGGAGGAAACAUCCUCCAGCAGCUCAUCGCUUUGGUCCGAUCUCCACUUUUGCAGGGCGGAGCCUUGGCGGCCAUGUUGGACUUCUACCAGGCUCUGGUGGCUACUGAGACUCCCGGGCUGGGCUACAUGGACCUUCUGAGGAUGCUGACCGGUCCAGUUUAUUCCCAGAGCGCGGCGCUGCCGCACAAACAGGCGUACUGUUCCAUCGCCAAAUGUGUCGCUGCUCUGACCAGAGCGUGUCCCACAGAGGGACCUGCCGUGGUGGGACAGUUCAUCCAGGAUGUGAAGAACAGCCGCUCUACAGACUCCAUUAGGCUUCUUGCUCUGCUCUCGUUGGGUGAAGUGGGACACCAUGUUGACCUUAGCAACCAGCCAGAGCUGAAGUCGGUCAUCCUAGAUGCUUUUUCAUCCUCCAGUGAAGAGGUGAAGUCAGCUGCCUCCUACGCCUUGGGCAGUAUCGCGGUGGGCAAUCUACCCGAGUAUCUUCCCUUCGUCCUUCAGGAGAUCUCCUCGUCAAAGAGACAGUACUUGCUGCUGCAUUCCCUAAAAGAGAUCAUCAGUUCAGCAUCCGUGUCCGGUCUUAAGCCGUACGUAGAGUCCAUCUGGACCCUGCUGCUCAAACACAGCGAGUGUCAGGAAGAAGGGACCAGGAACGUCGUGGCCGAGUGUCUCGGCAAACUGACUCUGAUCGACCCCGAAACUCUGCUGCCCCGCCUGAAGGGAUACCUGCUCUCAGGUUCAUCGUAUGCCAGGAGCUCAGUGGUGACAGCCGUGAAGUUCACCAUCUCUGACCAACCUCAGCCCAUUGACCCACUGCUGAAGAACUGCAUUGGUGACUUCUUGAAGACGCUGGAGGAUCCAGAUCUGAACGUGCGUCGGGUUGCGUUGGUGACAUUCAACUCGGCCGCUCACAACAAACCCAGUCUUAUCCGAGAACUGCUGGACUCGGUCUUACCGCAGCUGUACAACGAGACCAAAGUUCGCAAAGAGCUAAUCAGAGAGGUGGAGAUGGGUCCCUUCAAACACACUGUAGACGACGGUCUGGACCUGAGGAAGGCGGCGUUCGAGUGCAUGUACACUCUGCUGGACAGCUGCCUGGACCGCAUCGACAUCUUCACUUUCCUCAACCACGUAGAAGACGGACUCAAGGAUCACUAUGACAUCAAGAUGUUGACCUUCCUGAUGUUGGCCAGACUCUCGUCUCUGUGUCCCAGUGCUGUCCUGCAGAGACUGGACAGACUGGUAGAACCGCUCAGAGCCACCUGCACCACCAAGGUAAAGGCAAACUCGGUGAAGCAAGAGUUUGAGAAGCAGGACGAGCUGAAGCGAUCAGCGAUGCGAGCCGUAGUCGCCCUGCUGACCAUCCCAGAAGCUGAGAAGUCGCCGCUGAUGUCGGAGUUCCAGUCGCAGAUCUCGUCAAAUCAGGAGCUGGCGGCCAUCUUUGACUCGAUCCAGAGAGAUUCCACCUCUGCAAACAUGGAGUCCAUGGACACCAGUUAAAGAGACAGAAUACAGAAAGAGAGAGAGAUAGCGAAAGAAAGACGGACAAAACUUCCCAUGAUGCAACACGGCACCACCACCUCCCCAUGCCCCCCUCCCUUUCCCCGCUGCUGGACAUGAAAACAUACAUUUACGACAGAAUACAGAAUUACACACACACACACACACACACACAGAGUCAUAGUGACACCGUCUCGUUCUGUGAUGCACUGACACCGGCUGGAAAAGAAACAGAGUCAAAAACACACGGACUACAAAGACGAAAAAAUAAAGUUAAAUAAAUUCCAUAAGAGGCUUGGAAGCUCCUCCUACUAGCUGUUUGCUUUUUUUUUUUUUUUUUUUUUGGUAUUGAGACCAUCUCAUGGGUUGAUCUUCAUGUACAUCUUUUUUUUUCUUUUAAGUUUUUACAUAAUACCAGAGUUCCACAGGUACUGUAGCCUGAUUGGCCACGGCUGAGUGACUCAUAGUUGACUUAGUAUUGAAACUGACCAAUAAGGGGAGUGAGCCAUUUCCUACCUGACGCACUGAUGAUGAGAAAGGGCACCAGCUCUGCUUUGAUAGUUUUGUGUAGGCAACCAAUACGAAGGUGGGUUUGACAAGUGUAGAGUCUGAUUGUUGCCCAAUCAGCAUCAUUGUUUUCAUGCCCCGCCCCUUCACAGGUAAGGGGAGGGUCGGUGGGGACCCUACCUGACUGGACCACAAAAGGAUUGACGUUUCAUCCUGGUCGAUACAGGAUUGGUUGAUUUGAUCCAGUCUCGCAAACAGGCUAGCCAAUCAAAUCUUGUUUAUGUCAAGUUUUACUCCUUUGCUGCCAACUCUCUAGUGUUGCUAAAGCAACAUUAAUAACGUUCAUACCCCGUGACCAUUUGUUGGGCGUCUUCAUCAGUGGCUCACGGGCCACGCCCACUGUCAAUAUGAACGUGAUAAAUUUGUUAAAGAUGGAAUCCAAUUUUGAAGAACGGCGAGGCCUCGAGAUUGUCAUGAUCUCAGUUGGGUUCUCUGUAGUCGGACCUGGGUUUGUGGUAGCUUAAAAUGAUUUUCUUCGAACCCAAGUCAGUCUAAAUGUAUCCGGUUUUAUUUAAACUGAGUUCUGGCCAUUUGGCUAAAUUGGAUUCACUCUCUAAUUCUGGUUGGCAGUGUGAAAAGUAGACAUGAACUGUAUAAAAGGAGGAACAAUCAAACUGGUUUCAGUUAGGGUUUGUGUGAAGUGAGUUGAAGUUAAUUCAAGUUAAGUUGCUGUUCAAUCUGAUGAAACUGAAACCAGAGUUGGUCAGGAUUGGCCCGGUUUCUUUAUACAAAUUCACUCUCCUUUGAUUUAGUUUUGAGGUGGAACUGAAUCUGACACUGUUGCGUCUGAUGUUACUUGAACUCGAGUCAGUCUAGUUUAAACUGGUUCAGUCAGGUGUGGGUCAUCGGUCUGUUUAUCACCCCAGCAAAAUAAAAAGGGUCAAUUUCUACCUACCCUCA